AUGGCCUCUUCAAAGCCGAUGGACAUCAUCAUCUUAGGUGGUGGCAUAGCUGGCCUAACAACUGCCCUCUCCCUCACCAAGUUUGCGCCUGUUUCAUCACCACCAAACAUCACCAUAUUCGAGAUUCGACCUGAGCCCGCGACAAUCGGCGGUGCCGUAAACCUCACACCCAACGCUCUGCGUCUCCUAUCACAUCUAGGAGCUCUUGAUGAGAUCCGCGCCAAAGGAUAUGGCGCCGAGUGUCUCGCAGUCGAAGUCUUCGACCUCUAUACCAACGUCAAGAUAGCAGAGAGCUCAUUCAAAGGACCAGACGGAAAGGGAUUGGGCGACCCUCCAUUUACUGCCUUGAGAAUCACAAGAGGAGAAGCACUCAAGGGAGUACUCGCCGCCAUCGAGAAGCAGCCCAACAUCAAGCUCAUCUGUGGCAAGAAAACAACCAAGAUCAGCGAAAGCGACACCAGCGUCACCAUCGACUUUGACGAUGGCGGAAGCGCAACCGCAGACAUACUAAUCGGAUGCGACGGCAUCCACAGCGUCACCCGUCUCAAGCACGUCGAGCCCGAGCGCAAAGCAAUGUACAGCGGAAUCUGCAACGCCUUUGGCUUUGCCCCCCGACGAAAGAUGUCCGAAGACAGCAAAGACUACGAGCCCACGCACUUUGACGUCAGCGGCAUGAACUUUGGCCGUCGCGGCAUGAUGUUGACGUCUUUCCACGACCAAGCCCGCGAAAGCAUCUACGUAGGCGCACUGAUGCAAGUCCCCGAGAUCGCCGACCGAAACGGCUGGAAGGCAGCAGGCGCCGAUGCACAAAAGACGCGGGACGAAAUGCUGGAGCGGUAUUCUGGUGCUGCGAACCCGCAAAUUGCGCAUUGGAUUGAAGACGCAGAGGGUCUGUAUCUCUGGCCUGUGUUUACGCUCUCCAAGGGAGGCAAAUGGGCUACCGACCGCGUUAUGCUGAUUGGAGACUCUGCUCAUGCUAUGCCUCCGCAAGGUGAGUCAACGGGUAUUGUCUUUGAAGAUGGUGUCUUGUUCUCGCGCUGCUUGGCCAAGUGGAUGGAGAGUAAACGCGAUGAGGGUGUACCGGUCAAAGAAGCGUUUGAUGCGUACGAGACUCUGAGACGUGCUCGUAUCGACACUGCGUUCGAUGAGAGUCAGAGUGUGGUCAAGACGGUGCAGGAUACGCCUUGGUUGGGUCACAAGAUUAAGAUGAAUGUUGUACCGUGGUAUCUUUGGUGGACGAGGAGCUAUCGCGAGAAGCAUUUUGUCGAGGAUGUUACGACGUGUGAUAUUGGGUACUGA